AUGUCGGAUAACCAGAGCUGGAAUUCUUCGGGUUCCGAUGACGAUGUGGAGACCUCGGAAUCGGGAGUCGGGCAGCCAGUUGUUGGCAUCGCCGAGUUCGGUGGAAUCCUCAGCAAGGUAACAUUAACGUCAAAGCUGGCUUUAGGCUCACUCCCUAGUAGGACCCUACAGUAGUUUAUUAACUCAGUCUGGGUUGUUGAGAUGGGUAACUAGCUAGAGACGGCUAACGAGACAAGAAUGAAACAGGUUGAUGAUUUGAGGGUACUUGGCCAGUACAGAUGUGGUGCAAGUUCAACGAAGCAGUGUUGGUUUCCCUCUCCCCUCACAUAGAGCCAACUGUGGGCGAAUGUAACCGCUGAAAACCCCUAUGUACAGGAGAAGGGUUGUCAAGAACUAAGCCUUAUAGAAUCAGUUAUUGCCUGAUUGAUCUAAUUGAAAGCUGUGUGGGGUUGUCAUUCUAGAUUGUCUGCCUGACCUGCCAACCCAAGCAUGUUGAGAGCAUAGAAAUAUAAUUAAUGAAACGGGUUUGGAAUCUCUAACCCUGACAAUUUGACAGGUAAACUCAUGGGUACACUUGCAAUGGCUGCCUGGUAUUGUGAUGCAAUAAUUCCCAUGGUAAUGUAGAAUGUUCAUUCAAAUUAUGCUAACUGAUGUGACUCAUGCAAUGGAAUGUAUACUGAACAAAAAUAUAAACGCAACAUGUAAAGUGUUGGUCCCAUAUUUCAUGAGCUGAAAUAAAAGAUUUCAGAAAUUUUCAAAUGCACAAAAACCUUAUUUCUCUCAAGUGAUUUGCUGGAGAAGUGUGCUCUUCACCGAUGAAUCCCGGUUUCAACUGUACCAGGCAGAUGGCAGACAGCGUGUAUGGCGUUGUGUGGGCAAGCGAUUUGCUGAUGUCAACAUUGUGAACAGAGUGCCCCAUGGUGGGAUUAUGGUAUGGGCAGGCAUAAGCUACGGACAACGAAAACAAUUGCAUUUUAUCGAUGGCAAUUUGAAUGCACAGAGAUACCAUGACGAGAUCCUGAGGCCCAUUGUUGUGCCAUUCAUCAGCCGCCAUUACCUAAUGUUUCAGCAUGAUAAUGCACAGCCCCAUGUUGCAAGGAUCUGUACACAAUUCCUGGAAGCUGAAAAUCUCCCAGUUCUUCCAUGGCCUGCAUACUCACCAGACAUGUCACCCAUGGAGCAUGUUUGGGAUGCUCUGGAUCGACGUGUACGACAGCGUGUUCCAGUUCCCGCCAAUAUCCACCAACUUCGCACAGCCAUUGAAGAGGAGAGGGACAACAUUCCACAGGGCACAAUCAACAGUCUGAUCAACUAUGCGAAGGAGAUGUGUCCUGCAGAAUGAGGCAAAUGGUGGUCACACUAGAUACUGACUGGUUAUCUGAUCCACACCCCUAACUUUUUUAAAGGUAUAUAUGACUAGCAGAUGCAUAUUUGUAUUCCCAGUCAUCUAAAAUCCAUAGAUUAGGGUGUAAUUUAUUUAUUUCAAUUGACUGAUUUCCUUAUAUGAACUGUAACAACUUGAAAUUGUUGCAUUUAUAUUUUUGUUCAAUGUAUUUUGUGUAAUGUAAUUUGAGUUGAUUCAACAAAUUACAGCACAGAUUGAUGGAUGCACUUUCUGCUUUUACUUUCUGCUUUGCUCCUAUGGGCUAGUUGGAAGAAGACAAAGGUUAAGACAACGGGUUCUAAUAUACCAUAACUAUUUGCGAAAAUGGGACCUAGUAGUUAUCAACGGCGCUGGUCAAAAUAAAUGUGUUUAUUUUCUAACGCUGCUGCAUGGAAUUAUUACGUUGUCUUAACCUGUAUAUUUUCGACCUAGCCUAGUAUGGGUGCACAUAAUAAUGGCCACCAGUCCACCCAUUAUGCCAUCAUUGACUUGAAUGGGGACGCCCGUUCUAUUUCUAUGGUUGGGAGAUUAUUGCAUGUCAUCAUGUUAAACUCACCUGUGCGAUCAUAGUAAGCCCCUUACACGUGAUACAUGAGUUUUAGAUGGAUAAACAUUACAUUCCUUACAUUCUCUUGUUUUUAUACAGCCGUGUGUGUGUGUGUGUGUCUGUGAGAAAGAGCGCGUGUGUGUGUGUGAAUGAGUGCUUGCCACAGAUUGUUACCACAGUAGAAGAUUUCAUCAAGAAAUUAGUCAAGAAUCAGAUAUGAAUGUAGACGUUAUAGACUGAGCUCAAAGCACAGUAAGUUUACGGUUUGUGUCCCACUGGCUGUCCUAAUCAUGACUCUCCCUUCCUAGUGUUUCAUCACCUACCCAUUGUGUGAUUUGAAAUGGUUGUUGUUUUCAUCCAAUCCAAAUGUCAUUGAGUGUUUUUUCUGAUUACUUGAAUUGUUGUCAGAGUUUCUGCUGUAGCCAACUUGUCCCAACAAUGUGUCAUUGCUUUAGGGGAAAAAACGGUGUAUUGUGUCCCAGACUAUUGUGUGCAUCCUCACUAUAACAUUAUCACUUUGUAAAUUCCUCCCUCAUAGUGAAGUAACUUUAUUUUACAUUCCCUCUCUCCUCUCCUUCAGUGGACUAACUACAUCCACGGCUGGCAGGAUCGCUGGGUGGUUCUGAAGAACAACACUCUGAGCUACUACAAGUCUCAGGACGAGAGAGAGUUUGGCUGCAGAGGGUCACUGUGUCUCAGCAAGGCUGUCAUCACU